AAAUAAACACCCCAUACGAUACUUUGUCAAACAUAUAUCGUUCUGUCAAUUGCACUAGGAGACCCUUGUUUUUAGUACAACUUAGAAGCCAAAUAAAAAUGAUAGGGUGGGAAGACGUUUACAAGGUGGUUGUAGCUAUGGUGCCUCUUUAUGUUGCACUGAUGUUAGGGUACGGUUCAGUGAAGUGGUGGGGGAUAUUCACCCCGGAGCAGUGCGAUGCUAUAAACCGCCUCGUCUGCUAUUUCACCCUCCCGCUUUUCGCGGUCGAAUUCACUAGUCAUAUCGACCCUUUCGAAAUGAAUUAUCGGUUUAUCGGAGCUGACACCAUAUCCAAGCUUGUUAUCGUGGGGGUUCUAGCCCUAUGGGCCAAGUGUAGUAGCAAAGGAAGCUAUUGCUGGUCCAUCACGAGCUUCUCUUUGUCGACUUUAACUAAUGCUUUGGUUGUAGGGGUGCCUUUGAUGAGAGCCAUGUAUGGGGAAACAGGGGUGGAUCUUGUUGUCCAGUCAUCUGUAAUUCAAGCCAUCAUCUGGCUGACGUUUUUGCUGUUCGUGUUGGAGUUUCGGAGGUCGGGAGUCUCCAUUGCAUCAGCAGCAGCUACAAAAGAUGGCGGAGAACAGGAGAAAGAUGUGGAAGGGAACACAAAUGGUGAUGGUGGGGUAAGCAGCAGGCCUUCUUUCUGGUAUCUCUUGAAAGUUGUGGGGAUGAAACUGGCUAGCAACCCUAACUCCUAUGCUUGUGUUAUCGGCCUUGCUUGGGCUUUUGUUGCAAACAGGUGGCAUUUUGAGAUGCCAAGCAUUAUGGAGGGAUCAAUAUUGAUUAUGUCCAAGGCUGGAACUGGCACUGCCAUGUUUAGCAUGGGAACAUUCAUGGCUCUACAAGAGAAAAUAAUAGCAUGCGGCACCAGUUUGACAAUAUUUGGGAUGGUCUUGAGGUUCAUAGCGGGACCAGCGGCAAUGGCUAUCGGCGCCAUUGCUGUGGGUUUGCAUGGUGAUGUCUUACGUGUCGCCAUCAUUCAGGCAGCAUUGCCACAAUCGAUUACCUCCUUCAUCUUCGCCAAGGAAUAUGGAAUACACGCUGAAGUUCUUAGUACUGCAGUGAUCUUUGGCACCAUUGUUUCCCUACCAGUGUUAGUUGCUUAUUAUGCAAUUCUAGAGUUCAUUAAUUAAUCUCUCUCCCGGUCCCUCCAUCAAGGAUUCAAGGACUUCAGCUCUUCCAUUUUCCCCUCUUUUUCCUUAUGUUUAACAUCUUGCUUUUGAUGAUCAACUGUAACUCUAAAUUAUAUUUAGUUUAUAGAAAUUAAAUUAAGAUGAAAAUCAAAUAUUCAAAACA